AUGGAGCAAAUAUGCAUCCUCGAGGGAGUCACACUUAUGAUUGGAGAUCCCCCUGACGACUACAAGAUCAUCAGAAUCACAAUGCGCUGUUUUGAUGAUUCUUUUAUCAUGGUUUAUAGUCCAGCUCAAGUAGCCAUAUCACCAUAUCUCCUGGCACGACGCGACGAAUCCCUAAGUUAA